AUGGAGGAGGGUGCAGAAGAUCCGGAAAGUUCGAGAUCAUCGAAGCUAGGGCGGUUCAGGGGCAUGCUCGAGAGCGGCGCCAGCAAGUUCCGCCGCAGCCUCAACGAAAACAACGGAACAAUCUCAGUCUUGCCUCCCGACGACGACGACAACAACAAAAUCCCCGCCGCCUCCGCCCCUUUACCCGAAGACCCUCCCGCCCCGGCCCAGGUCCGCCCCAAGCUCGGCGGCCUCCUCAGCAGGACAGAGAACGUCAAGCCUUCCCGGGGCAGCGGCGCCGAUGCCACACCCGCCUCUGCUCCGCCCGCCGCCCCGGCGGUGAUCCCUCCCCCGGCGGUGACCCCUCCCCCUACACCCGCCUCAGCUAAAGUGGCGGCCCCGCCUAGCCCGCCCCCGCCGGUCAGGAAGAAGCCUACCGGCAAGAACAUCGCCACCUUUUUCGAUUUGUUGAAUCGAAAAAAUUAUCAUGCAUGA